CUUCAAACAAGUUGCUAAACGCAUUCGUUUAACACCGUGAUCUCAUACUAUUUAAAGAUCCCGGAAGAAAUAAACAUCCGAUAUCUUACAAUGUAUACAUUUUCACUGUGUCAAAUAUCCAUAAAAGAACACAUCUGACGUUAUUCUAAUUUAUAGAGGGUAUAUCCCUAUAUUAGUGUUGGACACAACAUAACUGCACCUAAGCUGGAUUAAGGAAUUUAAAGAUAUGAAGUGCUCUGGAAGACUAACAAAAACAAGGUUCUGAUGACACGCACCUUUAAAACUACAAGAAUGCGGAUAUCGGCACUGACUACCAAAUCUUAUAUUAGGCACAUCUUGUAUAUUUUUGUGACGCUGUUGACGCUGCUCUGCUCUAAACAGUCAGCUGGUCAAGAAAUUUGCGACGGCAAUCAGAAACACUAUAUGAAACGUAAUUACAUACUUGUGAACGAAUCAUAUACAGUGACAACAGCAAUAGUUACAGCCAAAAAAGCCAGUUGUAAUUUUUUUGAACAUGUUUGGGGAUGGAUUACCAGAGACAGAUGCAACACGAAAUACAGAAUGAAGUUUGUUACGAAGACAAUUUAUCGUCAAGUCCCAAAGGUGAAUGAUACCCUUGAAUGUUGCCAUGGAUACAUUAAAAUCGGUCAGAAUUGCUCUGAAGGCUGUAAAAAGGGUAAAUACGGCGAAAAUUGCACACAGAAUUGCCUCUGUUCUAACCAAGAACUGUUUUGUGAUAAAAACUCUGGCACGUGUCUGUGCCCUGCAGGUUUUACUGGAAAGAAUUGUACGGACGAAUGUGAGGAGGGCUUCUUUGGAAGUAAUUGUACAAACGAGUGCGCAUGUAAGAAUAACAGCACGUGCAAUAGAAGAAAUGGCUUGUGUAAUUGUACAUCACCAGGAUGGGUAGGCGAUAGUUGCGAUAAAGAAUGCGCCAAUGAGACAUAUGGGCUACAAUGCAAAGAAAAGUGCUCGUGUAAUGAAAACGAAACAUGUGAUCAUGUGACUGGAGAGUGUACGUGCAAACCUGGCUGGAAAGGGAACAAUUGUUCUCAGGAAUGCGAAGGCUUCACGUUUGGUAUUGACUGUAAUGAGAACUGCACGUGUAAAAAAGACCAUGCGGAAUCAUGUGAUAGAGUCACCGGUGAAUGCCUCUGUCGGAAUGGUUACAUGUGGGACUGUAGUGAAGAAUGUCCAGCUGGAUGGUAUGGAAAAAACUGCAAUGACAAAUGUUCUGCCAAAUGCACGGGUACCACGUAUUGUAAUCCGUUCAACGGCUCUUGCAUUUGUAUCAGCCGGAAGGGAGUAAACUGUUCUGAAGAAUGUGACGAUGGCUAUUAUGGACCGAACUGUGAAAUGGACUGCCAGUGUAACACUAGUCACAGUAAUAGGUCUUGUAGUACCAGUGGUCAGUGCGUGUGUCCGGCUGGUUGGACAAAUAGUACAUGUGAACAAGAAUGCCCGCCUGGAUUGUUUGGUCCAAACUGUGAAGAAAAUUGUUCCGAGAAGUGCACGGGAACCACACACUGUGAUCGUUUUAAUGGCACGUGCAUCUGUGUCCAUAGCAAAGGCGUUAACUGUACCGAAGAAUGUGACAAAGGGUAUUACGGGAACGACUGCAUGUCGAUAUGUCAGUGUGGUAACUAUAGCAACAGUAAUGGUUCAUGCGAUAGCUCUGGUAAUUGUCUGUGCAAAUACGGCUGGGAAGGACCAACGUGCGAAAACGAAAACAAGGAAACAGCGACGGUAAAACAGAUAAAGGAACCAAAAAGCUUCAUAGAACAGAAUUUAUUGUAUAUAGUUAUAGCAGUGAUAUCUGUGUUGCUGCUGGUUGUCGCCCUUGUUAUAGCAUUUUGCUGCCGGAGAAUUACUUCGCAAAAAAGAGACAAAAAGAACAGAGAAUUACUCAACGCCAGUGUUCAAGAAAACCCCAGCUACAGCUCGUGUAACAAGGAAACUAUACCCCUUGAAAAAUCUGAGCAAAAAGUCAAUAUGUACGAAGACGCCGUACUCGAAAACGAAACUAGCAGUGGACAGACCAGUAACAACGUUUUACAGGUAAAUAAAGCGCCGGAAAACAUGAAUAGCAAUCAUAUGGUAGAAAAUAGUGCCCAUGCAUGCGCAGAAAUAAACAUGACGCCUGACAAUAUAGAAGAUGAGUACAGUGUUCCAGACAAAGGCACUGAUAAAAAGGAACAUACAAACGAUGGUGAACAUUUAAAAGGAGGAAAACCACAUCAAACGGAAGAGUUGUAUGACUCUACUCAAGAUAACGUCAUAACAACGGAAACCGCUCCAAAUGAAUAUAACACUUUUCAAGAUGUUAUUAAACUUCAGCAAGAAGCAACGAGGAAGGAAUCUGAUUCCGAGGAGGACUAUGACGUCAUAACUCGUACUGAAUCACACAAAACGAAACCAGAAGAUCUUGAACACUAUUCUAGUUUUGAACAAGUGAGAAAACUAACCCGACAGGACAGUCUGGAUGAAGAGGAGACGUAUAAUGCUUUGAAUGAACAUCUUUCAGAACACAGAUCAGCACUGGUUAAUGACAGUCAAUAUCACCAUAUUAGCUUAAAGGAUAAAACGAUUGAUGGCAAAACCUUCACAGUUGUCGCGCCCCAUGAUAGGUGUAGUACUCAGAGGCAAAUAAGUUCUGGUAAAAAAUUAUCCAAACAGAGAAGCUUACAAGACUCUGAUGCGAUACAUGAAGAACAUGAAGAGGAAGAGAUGGCAGCAGAGAUUAACUUGACUGAGAAUAAAACUAAGUCUAAAGCAGGUGAAAUGCUAGAAGAAGACAUAACGGAAGUGAUUUACGACGAAUGUGAUUUAGAUGACAUGGCUGAAGAACACAACAGUGAGAGGAGUAAAUUGAUUCCCGAGUCUGUUGUUGAAUCGGAAAGUAAUACUACAAGUAUAACUGAAAUAGUGUAUGAAGAAUGUGACGAGCCUGGCGAUGAACAGUCAAGACCACCAAGUGCAGUAGUGUACGAGGACGUUGACGAAGAGGAAGAUAGUAAACAUGAAAGUGAAGAUGAAGAAGCGGAAGAGAAUCAGGACCCUGUACAGAACAAACCAAGGCCACAUGUUAAGAGGGCAGUAGACAGACGUAGGGAAGACUACGAGGACUUUGCACUAUAAUUUAAUUGGCAGCAGGCUUUGCUGAGUAUUAUGAUCAUCAAGCUACAAGAACUUCGCUCUAAUUUUUGAAAUUACAAAAUAUCAAUUUGAUAACCAUAUUGCAAGUACUUCGCUCUGUAAUCAAAUCAAAAACUGGCAGUUCUAUAUCCAAAUUGCGAGGACUUUGCUAGAUGUAUUUUAAUUUCAAAAUAACAAUUUCAUAACCGUAUUGCAAGAACUUCACAUCUGUAAUUUAAUUUCAGAAUAGCAAUUUGAAAACCAUAUUGCGAGGAUUUUGCUAGAUGUAUUUUUAACCAUAAAAUGGCAAAUCGAUAACCAAUAUGCAAGGACUUCGCUCUGUAGUUUGAUUACAAAUGGUUAUUUGAUCAACAAAUUGCCUGGCAUUUUCUUUGUAAACAAAUUACCAUAAGUGGCCAGGGACUUCGCCCUAAAAUUAAAUUUUCUAAAUGAUGUGGACUUCACUCUGUAAAUUUUGUAUCAAAUGGCUAAUUAGGAAUAAGCCAAACAGUUAUUAUUUUUGUCCUUUUUUAUUUUUGUCUAUUAACAUUUUCAAGUAAACCCUGAAAUAUUAAUUGACAUCAAAACACGAAAAGGUGAUCGAAUGUAUCAUCAUGUAACAUAUGCGGAUUUCUCUCUAUCUUCUAAUCACCAAACAAUGGGAUUUAUCCCAAAAGCUGUUAUUUUUGCCUUGCCUUGUUUUUAUAUGUUAUUUGAAAUGAAAAUACAAAUGUAUUCUUGAAUGAUUCAUGGUGUAAACUAUAGGGAUUUCGCUUUGUAAUUCAGUCACCUAAUGUUGAAGGAGGACACUGGCGUAGGGCGAUUUCAAAAUUGAAGUGGAUGGGAUUAGGAGGAUGGGCGACCAGUCAAACCUUACCCUAUUUUCCUACAAAAUAUUUGGACAGCCAAAAACAAAAACGCCCUUGACAAUUAGAAAUCGUAUACAACUCUUACCAGUACGUCUGAAUGCCCUCUGAAAUAGGUUUUCCUCCCUUAUUGCUGAGAUUUCUGUGCAAAAUCAUUUUUGUUGCCAAAUGUGUGUGUGUGGGGGUGGGGGGAGUGGGGACAGGGGGCUUCCGUUCGUGUACGUGCUCCUAGGCUGCUGUAAGGAAUUCACCAGGCCUGAAAUUGUUGUUCUGGUCGUGUUUAUGUUUCAUAUGUGUUUUGUAUUGUAUAUUUUCGUGUUAUUUCUUAAAAAGUAUUGACUGAAAUAAAAUCAAAAUAACUUAUUAAACGAUUUACUCUGUAUAUUUAAAGUGUACAUAUACAUUAAUGUCUGUUAUUCGAAAUAUAUAUUAAAACAUGA